AUGGACAUUCAAUAUGCCCAGCCUGUUGUGGAUGAUCUAGAUCUGGAUGAAUUACAGAAUGAAAGUAAGAAAAGCAAAUCCACACCAAUUAUUAAAGAUGACAAUAUGAAUGAAUUAACCAUCUUGAAUUUACCAUAUCUGUGGAUGGAGAACAACUUAAAAACAGAAAUUUUGAAUAUAACCACCAUUGUGGAGUUUGUUCUCUUGGGGUUUUCUGAUAUUCCCAAUCUCCAGUGGAUUCUUUUUGCGGUAUUUUUAGUUAUCUACCUAACUAUCCUGAUGUGCAAUAGCAUCAUAAUAUUGAUAGUAAGAACUGACUCUGCUCUCCAGACCCCCAUGUAUUUUUUCCUUAGCAAUUUUUCCUUCUUAGAAAUCUGUUAUGUAACAGUCACUAUCCCAAGAAUGCUCAUGGACUUAUUGACCCAGAAAGGAAAUAUUUCUUUCUUUGCCUGUGCUGCACAAAUGUGUUUUGUCCUUAUGUUUGGAGGCUCAGAGUGUCUUCUCCUGACAGUGAUGGCCUAUGACCGCUACGUGGCCAUUUGUAACCCUCUGCACUAUACUCUAGUCAUGAACCAGAAGGUCUGUAUCCAGCUGGUGACUGUGUCCUGGAUCAGUGCGGUUCCAGUUGUAAUUGGGCAAACAUGCCAGAUUUUCUCGCUGCCUUUUUGUGGGUCUAACACAAUUAAUCAUUUCUUCUGUGACAUCCCCCCGGUACUCAAGCUUGCUUGUGGGGACACAUUUGUGAAUGAGAUAGAAAUCUAUGUAGUUGCAGUGGUCUUCAUCAUGGUUCCAUUUCUGUUGAUUGUUUUCUCCUAUGGCAAAAUUAUAUCCAGCAUUCUGAAAUUGUCAUCAGCCAAAGGGAGAGCUAAAGCCUUCUCUACCUGUUCUUCUCACCUGAUAGUUGUAGUUUUAUUCUAUGGAACGGCUACCAUCACUUAUUUACGACCCAAACCAAAUCAAUCUGAAGGAGUUGGGAAAUUGAUCUCUCUUUUCUACACUGUUUUGAUCCCAACAUUGAAUCCCAUUAUAUAUACUCUGAGGAACAAAGACAUCAUGGUAGCACUGAGAAAACUACUAACAAAAUUAUUAACGUGA